GGAAUUUUAUUGGCCUGUUUCAACUUUUGCACCCCGAAAGAUCUAAGUGCUGUCGGUAGCUCAAUGCUGUGUGGAAGAAAGAACUCUAUCGCUACAGAGAGCGAUGAUGUAUGUAUGUAUUCCAAUCGUGGUCGCAUUGGGCUUGCAGUGGCAAUCGCAUUCUGAGCUGGAUUGGCAGGUUGGUAUGCAUAUCGGGAACCUUGCUGUCGUCACUGUCAAACUCUUUUUGAAUAAUCACAUUCACAGCAUCAUUUUGAUAGACACUCAAUGUUGUUGCAGAAGUUCGCGAUUUCCGAAUGUUGCGGCGAAGAUAGAGAUAGAUAAUUACACGGCUCCACCGAGGGCGUGGUUCCAAGACGAAACAGCGAAGAGAAUCGAGAUUUUCCUAGUUUUCAGAGCGCACGUUACAUCCUCAGACGAGGAUGUCAAGGUCGACAAAGCCGAAGACUUUGACUGAGGAGAAGGAAACUUUGAAACUUUGAAACUACGUGGAUCAGCAUGUAUCUUUUUUGGGAUUGUGAAUACAUAGUAAGGCGAAAUUUG